UCAUUCAUAACAAUAUUUCAUUAAUUAAACAGGAUAAUAUAUUUCAAUAUGUUUCUAUUAUUUAUGUUAGCAUUCUCUGCCGUAUGGAUGCCAAUAGAAGCAUUAAAUGACAAUAAAGGAUAUAUGUCACUAAUGCAUGAUGUACAAAACUUACAUAAGUUAAACGGUUUUAUCAAUAAAAACCCUAAUACACUUUCUAAAAUAACAGACUUACUUGCUGUAAGCACAAAUCUUAGAAAUCUUAUCAGCGAGCAAAAUCCUUUUCGAUCUCUCGAAAGUUUCCCUUUAGAAAACGUAACAUCUGAUGUGACUACAGACACAGAAUCUCUGGCUUCGACCACACCACCUCCAUCGCUACCCGUGUCCAACAUAUGCAUCAAUCAUGUCAAAGGUAUUAUCCAAGGAUUGGCCGACAAACAGCAAUGGGCAUUAAGAAUGAUUGAUGCUGCAGGGAAACCACCGGCCGAUAUACUCGGAGGAGGACUUAUAUGGCUCGGGGAUUAUGAUGAAUGUCUUUCAAUCCAAGAUGCGACUGUCAGUAUUAACACAACAUCAUACAGUAUCAGUGGACAGUACUGUAUAGCCAGUCUACCGUUAAAAAUCCCACCAACCAUGUUUUCUUCGGUUCCCUCAGUUAGCGUUGGGUUGUGUUUACCUGAUAGCUGUUCAGAUACUGAUGCCAGCAAUUUGAUCAACUCGGUUAUAAGCUUUGUAUCCAACAGUUCUACACAAGCAGUUGUCAGUUGUAAACAUCCAAACAAAUCAUAUGAUACCAGAGCAAUAAUUGUGCUUGCAGUCAUAGCCUGUUUUAUUGUGAUCAUGGUUGCUGGAACAAUUUACGAUGUAAUAAUAGUUCAGCUACCAAAGUGGCAAAGACAAGCGAUGCUUUCUGAACUCAAUGGUGAUUUGGUUGUUGAGGCCAGUGAAAAAGCACCACUGAUAGGACAAAAUAAACAGAUUAUUGUCGAAGAAACUUCGGAUCCAGGUAUUUUCGGGAAAAUAAUAUUAGCGUUUUCCAUAUACACGAACGGAGCUAAAAUUCUGAAUACAGAUCAAAGUGCUGGAUCAUUGACAGCGAUAAAUGGUAUUCGAUUUCUAUCGAUGUCAUGGGUAAUUCUUGGUCACAGCUAUGCUUUCGGGCUUCCAUUAGAUGAUAAUGUGCUCACUUUCCUUCCUCGCAUGCUGAACAGGGUAACUUUCAUGGCUAUUGCUAAUGCCUUCGUCUCUGUGGACACAUUUUUUACUCUCAGCGGAAUUUUGUUGACAUAUUUAAUAAUGAAAGAGUUGAAGAAAAAUGACGGAAAGAUGAACUGGGGAAUGUUUUAUUUCCAUCGAUUUUGGAGACUAACGCCACCCUAUAUGUUAAUAUUCAUGGUAUAUAUUGCACUGUUUCCAUAUAUCGGCAGUGGUCCUGUGUGGCCUGAGGAUGGGCUUGAACCUCAUUACUGUAAACACGGCUGGUAUUAUAAUCUCUUCUAUAUCAACAACUUUGUUGAUGACCCAGACCAAUCAUGCUUUGGAUGGGCUUGGUAUUUAGCUAAUGACAUGCAGUUCUUCGUUAUCAGUCCCUUAAUAAUUCUACCUAUGUUUCACUUCCAUAUUGCUGGGGUAAUUGUAAUUUUGGCUUUUCUAUUGGGAACAUGGACUGCCACCGGUAUAAUGACUACACAUUGGGAAAUACCUUUAUCGGCAUUUGACGGGGGAAUAAACUUCAUGAAACUUUACGUCAAGCCAUACUUCAGAAUGGGUCCAUUUUUAGUUGGAAUGUAUACUGGUUAUUUACUGUAUAGAACUAAUUUUAAACAUCGAAUGUCUAAAGUAGCAGCCUUCUUUGGAUGGGUAGUUGCAGCUGUAGUGGCAUGUCUUGUAUUGUAUGGACAAUUCGACGAUCUUAAUGGUAACCGUGUAUCGCAAGAGGUUUCCUCUCUGUAUAAUGCAGUACAUAGAACAUUAUGGGGAGCUUGUGUAUGUUGGGUUGUAUUCUCAUGUGCAAAUGGUUAUGGAGGUUAUAUAAAUACAGUUUUGUCAUGGAAAGGCUUUAUACCAUUAAGUCGACUAACCUAUUGUACAUACCUCGUGCAUCCAAUUGUUAUCUAUUAUAACCAAUACACCAAACAACGAUUGAUGCAUCUUACAGAUAUAGAUGUCAUAUAUCAAUUCAUUGGAAACUUAGUAGUAUCAAUGAUGGUAGCAUUUGUAGCGAGUUUAGCAUUUGAAUCACCUAUGAUGGGACUUGAGAAGGUUAUCUUUAAAAAACAAGAAAAGAAACGGCGAUAGAUAAUUUAAAUGAAAAUGUGCUCAGGAUUGACAGUUGUAUUGUUUUACUGACGAAAUGCAAUAUCUCAUUUCGGUUGGUGUAACGGCUACAGAUCUGAUGGGACAUACCGCCCCUGUUACAGUUGUAUUAUUUUUACAUAGUAAACAUUGCAUUGGUAUUAUAUAAAUGUGAUAGUAAAGUAAUAUUGUAUCAACAAGUAUUAGUUUGACUUUCAAUGACGUUUCAAUCGUAGUGAAUGGGAUAAUUUAUUUUAUCAUUAAAGUUUAUUCUU